AGGGGGCGCAGGUAGGGAGGUAGGCAAGGGAGCCCAAACGCCGCCCGUGCAAAAUUGCCCCGAGAACUGUUCUGAGCGUGGAAGGAAGGGCUUCCCGCUAGGUGCCAUCCCGUAGCAAGGGAGGGGAACCGGAGAAGCAUAGCGAGGACAAGGGGACCGAACUUAGUGUUGUGGGAAAAGGAAAGCCUCCAACAAGGAGUUGUGUUUCUUCCCUGAGCUUCUCCGAGCAGCCUUGCGCUUCCCGAGGUUAGCGUCGCAGCGUUCGGUGAGAACAGUCUCCCGGGCGCAAAUUUCCUCGGAUUGCCGCUUUCCAGCUCCCCUUUAAUGGCGUUGUCGGUAGGUCUUCACCGUUUUAGACGUCCACCAGCCUUCCCUGCAGAGCCAGUUUGGCUGUUGCUUUGAUUGGAAAGCGAGGAGAGAGAAUUGGGGGGGGGGGGGAGGAAAAAUAACGCAGCGUCUCUAGAGGGUUUUCUCCCCCCGGGAAAGAGAGCAAGGCACACUCAGCGGUGCGGGUGCAAAAGGAGGUAAAAAUAGAUUACGCAGGAGAAAAGGCAAAAGUGUGGCCAGUAUGUUCUGGCAGCGGAUAUUUAGAUUGGAGGAAAAGGGAGGGGGGGUUCAACGUGGAAGGGCCCGCGGGGAGGUGGGGAAAAGAAGCCCGGCUGCACGUCAACAGCAGUAUGGCUCCGGGUACUGCGCCUGCCUCCUCUGCCACGUCACUGCUGCGUGCCAUCCAUCAGCCCUUUGUGUUUGCUGGGCUCCCAUUUAGAGCCCUUCUGCGAUGGGGAGGCUGCUGUUUACGCUUCUGUUCCCGAGUGUUUUUUCAGGCUUGAUCCCGGUGGGGAACAUUGUUAUUACUCUCGGUGGAAAACAGGGUUGGGUAUAAUGCAUGUCCGCAGAUUGUCAAACAGCUCAUUGGAUGCUCUGAAAAUUAAUACUGCGCCUUCAUUAGAUAGUUUACUAUAUGCGUAAAAUCACAUUGGGACAUUUGAAUACAGUAAUAUUUGGCAAUAAUGAACCAGACAGAGAAGGAUGAGCAAGAUGUUCCUCCAUAUCUUAACAGUGAACCCCCAGAAGAUUCAGUAAAAGAUCAUCCGCAACAACAGCCUGGCAUGCUCUCCCGGGUGACUGGCGGCCUCUUCAGCAUAACCAAAGGAGCUGUCGGUGCCACAAUUGGUGGCGUAGCAUGGAUAGGAGGGAAAAGCUUUGAAGUGACCAAAACAGCAGUAACAGCUGUGCCUUCCAUGGGAGUAGGAUUAGUUAAAGGAAGUGUUUCAGUUGUGACAGGAAGUGUUACAGCUGUAGGAUCUGCUAUCUCAAGCAAAGUGCCUUUAACUGGGAAGAAAAAGGAUAAAUCUGAUUAAAGAAAUUCAGUACUGUUUCGUUGAGGAACUUACGUGGCUAUGGGACUUACACGAUUUGGAAUACUGUAAGGUCACCAUUCUGGAGGAAUAUCUAAUGAACUGAAAGAAUUAACUUUCUUCUGCAAGGAACAUUAACAGCCUGGUAUCACAGAAACUUUAGAUUUCUUCAGGAAUUUGUCUGGUGAAAUGUUACACUUGAUUAAAAAAAAAAGGAAUCAAGUACAUGGAUCUGAAGGAAUGGCUUACAUUUGAACAUUAAUUCACUUUUCGAAAUCUUGAAUUAAAAAUGUGAAAAUAGAAGUGGAAGGAAUGACUUGGCAAAAAGUUAAGCACUUCAUGGUUCUGAUGAUAAUAGCUCCCUUUAAAAUAAUUUCAGCAUUAAAGUGCUUAAAUAUUAGCCUGAUUAUGCCCUUAAUUGGUUGCCUCUGCCAUACACAGAUACAUUGAUGUUCUAGCUUCAAGCCUAUGGUGUCUAUAUUUUUUGGAAAACAGUCCUUGAACUCCCUAUAGAGUCCUUGUCUAUCUUUGCUUUUUCAAACUAUUUUUAUAAACACUAAAUUCUUUAGACGUCAACUGUCGCAAGGAUGUGUUUGUUUGCGCACACGCAUGUAUAUGUGUGUAUAGUAUAUUGAGUCAAAUCAUGCCUUAUGGUGAAAAACAAUAUUUUUUACUUAGAGAAUCUUUUAAAGUUUUUGUAAUGUCUGACAUUUCAAAGCAGUCUGUAGGAGUACUACACUUUUUUUUAUCUGUUGAUACUGUCAAAGAAAGACUGCUAAAUCUCAGGUGUAGCGUACUGAUGUUCUCACCUGCAAAAUGAAAAGCCCUUUAUGUUGUUAGGUUGCUUAACUGAAAAUUAAUUCCAAGUUUACAUUAAGACAAUAUUGAGGUAACUUUUAGCUGUAAAAUAAAAUCAUUUCUGUGGUUUCUAGCCUCAAGGUACAAAUUUGUACUAUCUUAUUUCUAGAGUAAUACAAAUACAGCAAUUGCUGUUGCUGUGUAUAAUCUGUUUACCUGAGUAUCACCCAUUAUCGCUAGAAAUUUUGUAGAGUUUGAUGAAUUAUGCUUGAUAUUUUCAAUGAUUAUUAACAUAAAAUAUUUUCUACAAAUAAUACCUCAGCAGGUAGGUUUGCUGAAUGGCACCCAUGACCAAUAAUGAUAGAAACAAGUGAUUUGUAGAGAAAUGUAUUUCGUGCAUACAUUUUCAAAGUUUUCUGAGCAAGACACAGAUAUGUCUCUUCCUGUCUUGUUCCUAAUCCCUAAUAAAUUAAAUCAGGAUUGGUAGUCCUUUGUGCUCAGUGGGCUAUAUCGUGGAUUUAUUGGAUCGAUACCUUUAGAAUCUCUUUAGCAUGUUUCUGUUGAAUUUGUAGCUUUUUGGUAGUCCUUAAAAAAAGACUGAAGUUCACAUGACUAUUCUGUAUGCAAUUUUUAUUUAAAAUAUGUGUUAAAACACACAAACCUGGUUGGAAUAGUUGUGAUUAUAAACAAUGGAUUAAAACACAUAGUGUCUUGUAAAAGUAAUGACCAAAAGCUGUCCCUUGUCUAAAAUUACAUAUUCAUAAAUUAAAUUAAUCUGAUAUAAUUUAUUGUAUUGCUGCAAUUUGUAUUUCAGCUGCCAAAGAUCCAUAGCUCAGUGAUAAAAGCAUAUACUGUGCAUGGAAAGGAUUUAUAUUUAAUUCUUGGCAUUACUAGUUGAAAAGAAUGAUCAAAAAUGUGCUGUUGGUAUCAGACCAGAAUUUGCUAGCUUGAUGAUAGCAACUUCAUAUGCUCACCAGAACAUAAAGAAUAUUUUUGUCCCAA